UUAAUCUCGUUGAUGAUCGGACAUAACGACAUUUGCACCAAUACAUGUAGGGAUUCUUCACCUUGGUCACUUCUCGAUAAACACAAAGCCGAUUUACUUCAAGUUUUGAUGACAUUGAGAGAUUUGCUACGAAAUUUAGUAUCGCUGAUACCGCCGCCACAUAUAAAAAUUUUAAUUGACAGUCGUAAGGGUAAACCGUCUUUUAGAUGCGACCGUCUUUUAGAUGCGACAGUUGUCGAAUGUUCUUUUGCAAACGGUUUGUGGAAUAAUUUAUUAGUACCAGUUAGCGUUAAAACGACAUACUGGCAGGAUCUUUUUGAGAGGUUUCUUUGUCCGACUCCGGAAAGG